AUGAGGAUAGGAAGGGACAGGAAGGGAAGUAAGGCCGAGGAGGUCCAAAAUAAAGAAGAGGAGUCUUGGAGGAGGGAAGUAAACAGUGAUGAUGUUAAAUGGGCUGGUUUUGAGCUUUGUGGCUGGGUUAACUUGCAAUGCCGUUGCAUACGCCAUAGGUUUGACUAUGGAGCCAUCAUCUUAUUAGAUGAACGCUUCCGUGAAGAAAGGAAUGUUGCGUGCAUUUCAAAGUGGUUGCGGAAAUCGAUUAGACAGUAUGACAGCUUUGACGAAUCACUAGAGGGAUUAAAGUCCUUUUUCAUAGAUGUCAAGGAACGGGUUAGCAAGACUGCUAAUAAUUUACAAAGUCCUUGUGUCAAUAUAGAAGAGAUUCCUUCUGUUGAUCCAAGCAAACCAAGAAAGAAAAACCAGAAAGCAAACAAGUCCAGUCUGUUUAGAGAGAAACUAGAACCAAACAGUAGCCCGACUAUUGAAAAACCUGGCCCAAUUUGUCACCCUCUACCUGUUGUCACAAAGUAUAAUUCCUCUUUUACUCAAACAGAUUCUGAAGUUCAAGCAUUGGUGUCAACAAAUGAGAAACAUAUUGGUGGCUGCGUAGAAUUCACGGGCCUAGAAUGUGAUUUCGAGAAACAAUCCAGGUAA